GAGAAAAGAAGGGUGGGGUAGAAGACAAGAGAAACGGCUUCCUUGUAGAGUGUGUAUGUGCACAACUGCCAUCCAUUAAAACCAGACACAAAUACACACAAGCCUUUUAUUCAGAGAGAGAGAGAGAGUGCUCAAGAACACCUCACGACAGCCUAUUCCAUAUCCCCUAUGCUCUUUUAAUCUCUCUUGUUUCAUUCACUUUCUGGAUUUUAGUUUAUAAUUCAUAACUGCAACGAUCUACGCUUAUCAAAUCUUCAAUUUCUCUCAUUUUUUUUUAUCUCGAUUUGAAAUCGACAAGACUGGGAAGGACUGGUUCGUUUCCACGAUUUAGCGCUGAUCUGUCUGUUGGGAAUUAGGCAUUCGAAUGACGAUGAUCAGCUUAUCAAAAUUUGUCGAUAAAGUUUAUUUGAUGGCGGAAGGUGGAUCUCGUUACUGUUCUAAAAAGUCCGAUGAUAUAUGCGGUGAUGUUUGCGAUGAGGAUUCAGGAAGAUCUUCAACUAUAUCAAGAGUCCGUUGCAUUCUUCGCGGGAUAGAAUUAAAAACACUCGUCUUCCUGUUCGUCUUAGUCCCAACUGUAAUCCUCGGUUUAUACGUUCAUGGUCAAAAAAUCUCCUACUUCUUACGCCCAUUAUGGGAAUCCCCACCAAAACCCUUCCACGAAAUCCCACAUUACUACCACGAAAACGUCUCCAUGCAGAAUCUCUGCAGACUCCAUGGAUGGGGAACUCGCGAGUUCCCAAGGCGUGUUUUUGACGCAGUCUUAUUCAGCAACGAAGUUGACCUUCUCACAAUCCGAUGGCAUGAAUUAUACCCUUACGUUACAGAAUUUGUCCUCCUUGAAUCAAACUCGACUUUCACCGGAUUACCAAAACCCCUAGUUUUUGACUCCCUUCGUGAACAAUUCAAAUUCGUGGAACCCCGAUUAACAUACGGAAAAAUCCCUGGAAGAUUUCGUAAAGGUGAAAACCCGUUUGUUGAAGAAGCGUAUCAAAGACUUGCGUUGGAUUAUCUUUUGAGAAAAGCUGGGAUUCAAGAUGACGAUUUGUUGAUCAUGUCAGAUGUCGAUGAGAUUCCAAGUAGACACACGAUUAAUCUAUUACGAUGUUGGAGAGCUUCUAUUCAUAGAUACAAAUCCGGGACAACAAGAUACGCUCAUUAUCGACAAUCAGACGUUGUGCUGGCGGAUGCCGGGUGGCAUUGCAGCUUUUGCUUUCGCCACAUCAGCGAAUUUGUUUUCAAAAUGAAAGCUUACAGUCAUUUUGACAGAGUCAGAUUCAGUAACUUUCUGAACCCGAAACGGGUUCAGAAAGUUAUCUGUAAAGGAGCAGAUUUGUUUGAUAUGUUACCCGAAGAGUAUACAUUUAAAGAAAUUAUCGGGAAAAUGGGACCCAUUCCUCAUUCAUAUUCUGCUGUUCAUCUGCCAGCUCAUCUUAUUGAAAAUGCUGACAAGUACAGGUUUCUUUUACCAGGGAACUGUUUAAGAGAAAGUGAGUAA